AUGGAUCUCGACGAUUCAGACUUUUAUGGCGAUGACGACACUGUCGCCGAAUUGAAGCAGAGAGUAAAGGAUUUUGACACCGAAAAAUGGUGGAAGGACCAAGCAGUGGUUCCUCUCCUCCCACAGCCCUCUCGGACAAGUCCCAAGAACGACACUCACCUCCACAACCCAUAUCAAGGAUACGACUUUGCCUGGCAAUUGACCGAGACCCUCGAUGACUUCUUCGCGCGUCUUCCCCCAGAAACUACCGACGUCGGAGACAAGCUGCCCUGGAUCUACAUCUGCAAUCCUUACGUGGAGCGGGUACCCAAAGCCGAGGCCCAGAGCCAGAACAGCAAAGGAAACGAGGAUGAAGGUCCCGAAGAGGAUGGUAGUAAUCUCACGGUAGCGAAUGCCGGAGGCAUGGAGAGGCUUCACCUUUUAACCGACUUCAUCCAGGGAGCCCUGGGGAUGGGAGGAAAUACUCCUGUGGUGCUGAGGGAUAUUGAAAGUCAAAAAUUGCAAGCCAUACAUGAUAUUCUCAAUCUUGCCCACGCCUGCAAAUGGAUGAUUUUCUGUGACCCUCUAUCUGUGGACGAAAUCUGGGAGACUGUAGCAAGGGCCACAGCAAACAACGAGCUUGGAAUCGCCGCCAAGGUUGCACCGCGGCCUGCUGAGGAGUUUCGAAGGAAGGAACGACUCAUCUGCGUCUACACGGCGGACUUUCGGGAUCGGCGCGAUGUUGGCAGGGUCUUAAAGCGGCUGAAGGAACUGGGGCUUGCUGGUGCGAGAGGCAAGGUGCUCUAUUACAAACCCGAUAUCUUCACAUAUCUCGGUAUCGGGAGCGGAAACCCGUGGGGCAUUCGGGCCUCGAUCUACUCCUCUAAAGACGCAUUUCCAUCUUAA